AGACAAAAGAGUCAAAAGUCUUCGACGCCAUUGUCGUCCAAGUUCAAAGAGCAUAGAGAGAGAGAGAAUGGGGGAUACGAAGGUGGAGACAAUCUCAAGGUUAGCGCAAUGGAGGAUCGAGAGCUUUGGGCCGUGUUCUUACAAGAAGUCGGAUCCUUUCAAGGUCGGAAUCUGGAACUGGCAUCUGUCCAUAGAGAAGAAUCGCUACUUAUACGUACGGCUAUUCCCAGAACCUUCUCGAGUAUCCAAGGAGCAACCUCCCGUUGCUAGAUUCAUUCUUCGUGUCUCUAAUGUCGGCCCCAAUCGAAAAUUCUACAUCUCUCCUGUUCAUGAAAGACUGCUCCGCACAUCUGAAGACUUUGUGUGGCCGGUUGACUCGAACUUCCUCGGUCGGUUCAUCAUCGAUGUCGAGUUUCUUGAUCUCAGAUUAUGCCCUUUGAAUGGCGGUGAGGCUAGUCCCGUGUGGCCAAAUGACGCGAUGAUGCAAUCCGUCUCGACAAAGAGCACGCUCCAAAGCUUGUCCCGGAUGCUUAAAGAGGGCAUCCUAUCCGAUGUCACCAUCCACACUUCCGAUGGCACGCUCUCGGCCCACAAGGCGAUUCUUUCGGCUAGCUCAACCGUCUUCAGGAGCAUGUUCCACCAUGACCUCAAGGAGAAAGAGUCAUCCACCAUCCACAUCGAAGACAUGUCCCGAGAAUCUUGCAUGGCUCUUCUCAGUUACCUCUACGGUAACAUUGCUCAAGAAGACUUCUGGAAGCACAGGUUGGCGCUUCUCGGGGCAGCAAACAAGUACGAUAUCGUGGAUUUGAAAGAGGCAUGCGAGGAGAGUUUAAUGGAAGAUAUAAACUCGGGGAAUGUCCUCGAGAGGUUACAAGAGGCGUGGCUUUAUCAGCUCGAGAAGCUGAAGAAAGGGUGCUUGAUGUAUCUGUUCGAUUUCGGGAAGAUAUACGAUGUCAGAGACGAAAUCAGCGCCUUCUUCAAGAACGCCGACCGCGAACUUAUGCUCGAAAUGUUUCAGGAAGUGUUAACUGUCUGGAAACCUGUCUGAAAAAAGGGCUUAGCCGAUUUCCUUCGGUCAUUUGUUUUAUUGUUCGCUCUCUGUAUUUGUAUAGCCAUCCUUCUCUAUUACUAUUUUUUUUGUUUUGGCUCGUGAUUGUGCUCGUGUGUACAUUGUCACGGUUCUUACAUGUGCUUAUGGUCUUUGUCCUAUUUUGAGGGUUGGUUCAAUCCUCUCUAAAUGGGCCGGUUCACGAAAA